AUGGAAAACCUUAGAAUGGCGAGAAUUCACUUGAUCGCCACGCUGUGCCUCGCUGGACAUGUCUCAGCGCAAACCAAUUCCUCUUACAGAGACUGCCCAGUCGCCAUUCGAAACAUCGCCACCGAGAACUGGCCCUACAACUCCACGGGUACCCUCCCCAUAGAAAUCGAAGGACAAGACGACCCAUGGCGGAUAUCCGUCGCUGUAACAGACAGACGAGCGCCUGAUCUAUGGUUCGGCGACCGAAGAUCUGAUCAGGAAACUAAUACCUACCUUAGCGUUCCCAAGUCGCUCAUUGGGUCUUCUGAAGGCAACGAGACGUUUGUUUGCUUGUAUAUGAUGCCUGGGGUCAACCAGACGGCUACGAAUGCCACGGAGGCGGAUGGCUCGUGUAAUGGGAUUUUGAGCGAUGAGUGUAUCGAUGAGUUUAAUGAGGCGCCGACUUCAGACGGGCAGAAAUGUCCCACUGUCUCGGCCAGCGAAAAGUGUGGGCGAUUCGUCGCAAGUCAACUGACACCUCUCAACUUUUCCAGCUCACGCUGUGCCCUUGACGAACUGCCGAGUAUCGACUUGCCAGAAAACUACAAGACCUUUGGCGGGUUUCCUGGAGGCGCGCUUUUGGCUGGGGAUAGAGAGCUGGACGAGUAUGACGCUUAUAAUUUGAGAGUCCGUCAGCCUAUCCCGUUGCUACUCACGGCGCGAUCUGGUAAUACUCGGCAGAGCAAGAUGGUUUGUAUUGCUCCGAAUAAUGUCGUUGAUGGUAGUCGGAUACCUGAGUUGGACUUUCCGCCUUCUGGGGCUAUGUCGAUCCAUGGGGGGUUUGGUACGGGGGCUUUGAUGGGGUUUGUUGGUUUGGUGAUGAUGGUGAACAGUAUUUGGUGA